GCAAUUUGCUUGCUGAGAUAUAAAAACGCACCUGCUCGGUACCCUUCUUUUUUGUUUCUGUCGAGUAUCCUUUUAUCUUCACAUCAAUCAUCAUGAUUGAAAGCGCACAAGUAGCCAUUUACAGAUACCCUGUUGUUCUUUUCACCAGGACCGAUUACCCCGAAUGCAUGUCGGCCAAUGAGUUGUUGAAAAAAACCUUUGGUUUCGACCCUUAUGUUUUGUUCCUGGAUCAAAUUCCCGAAGGUCCUGAAAUCGAGGAUUUCCUCGCGCAAUAUGACCACCAGCGUAGCGUCACCAACGUUUUCAUUGCCGGGAAGUAUGUUGGCAAUUUUGAAGCUAUAGUACAGCUUGAUCAAAGCGGUGAAUUGGAAGAGAAGCUUGAAUAAGCACAUAUUGUGUUUACCCAACAUGAAGGUUUUAACCCUGUGUAUAAAUUUUUAAUUGUGUACAAUAAAAUCGUUCCACACCACGACCGGCAAACUGUUACAUUUU